CCGCGAGCCGGAGCCUGAGAAGGCCAUCCGCGGGCUCUUCCUCAACGCCCUGGACAACGGCAACGCGGUGCAGGAGGCCUACGACCUGCUGCUGGACAGCGGGAUCGCGAGCGAGGAGCUCUUCGGCAAGCUGCUGGAGCUGGGAGCGGUCGCGCGCGGUCCUCGGAAGCUCGCGAUGGGUGUCGACUCAGGCGCGGCGACGACAGUGAUGCCCAGGGAGAGCUUCACGGACUACCCGUUGGUGGAGAACGAGAUGAGCAGGAAGGGCGAAGGCUACCGCACGGGCGACGGCGGCUGGGUCCCCGACUGCGGCACGCGCGAGCUCUUGGGCGAGAUUGACACAACGGGCGGCACGCGCGUGAUCAAGGGGAUCAAAGCGAGGCGGAGCUUCGCGAGGAACGAGAGCACAGGGCAGGAGAUCAACUUCGUGCGGCGCAACAACGCGUACGAGAUGGAGCUGGGCCUGACCGCUGCAAGCCCGGCCAUCGCGGAGGGCAGUGAGAUCUGCCCGUUGCAUGGAGGUGGAGACGAUGAGCUCCCUCCAGUCGUCGCGGAUCCCUACGGCGAGCAGCCUCCCCCGGCACGGCCGGGCGAGGACGGCGAGCAGCGCCCCCCGGCACAGCCGGGCGGGGACGGCGAGAACGAGGCGGAGGCCCCAUUGAUCAGGGCUGCGAGGAGACCGUGGGAGCCCACGGAGCAGGAAAAGAUGGAUCACCAGGUGAGCCACGUCCCCUUCCGGGCGUGGCGCCGCCACUGCGUGGCGGGCCGCGGACGCGCGGCUCCACAUAAGCAGUGCGACCACACGGAGGACGGGGUGCCCAUCGUCGCGUUGGACUACGCGUACUCGGGCGGCAGCGAGAACGGCGAGGACGGCUCUGCGCAGAUGUGCCAUGCGAAGAUGUACUUGAAGUCGGACCAGGAGAAGCCCAUCCUGGCCCUGAAGGCCGCAGCAGUGGCGCGGCUCAAUGAGAAGGGCGUCACAAUCAUGACCGAGGAGUCGGCCGUGGGCGAGUCCCACAGCAACGGGCUCGCAGCAGGAGCGGUGCGAGACAUCACGGGCCUCGCGCGCACGCUGCGGCACGCGGCGGAGGAGCUGCACGGGGCGGUGUUCGGGCAGAGUCAUCCUGUUCUGCCCUGGCUGGUGCGGCACGUUGGCUCGAUGCUGAGCCGAGGCCAGCGGUCAGCCGACGGCAGGACGCCGCACGAGCUGAGGAAAGGCAGGGCGUUCAAGAAGCCACUACCGGCCUUCUCGGAGAAGGUAUUCUACUUGCCUGCGGGCAAGAGGGCGUCGCGGCUGGUGGACAGGUGGCUGGAGGGCAUCUUCCUCGGGGUCGUGGAGGGCACCGACGAGGUGUACAUCGGCACGUCGGACAAAGCGCUGCUGGCCGAGAUGCGCGGGGUGCCCUGGGACCCGGUCCCUGGAGGCAUCGAGGGGAGUCGCGCCCCCGACGGGGGCGGCGGCCUGGCGGCACCGCCGGCACGCGCGAAGAUCGUGGCGGACCAGGUGGUGCCCGACGCGCAGCUGCUGGAGGUGCCAGCGCCGGCGGCGCCAGGAGCGCCGAGGCGCGUCUACCUGAGGCGCGACAUCGAGCUGCAGAGGCACGGGCACACCGAGGGAUGCUACGGCUGCACGUCAGCGGCCCUCGGGCGGCGCGCAAAGGCGCACUCGGAGGAGUGCCGGAAGCGCAUCGAGGAGGCGAUGGCAUCUGAGCCAGCGAGUCGAGGGUGCGAGGGCCAGGAGGGCACUCCCCUCGGUGGAGGACCAGGGUCGGGCGGCGCCGCGGCGGCGGCGGCCCCACAGAGCACGGAGGCGGGCCAGCUAACGAUCGCGGACGCCAGGCAGAUAGGCACCUUGCUGAUGCAGCUGGGAGCCUUCGAGGGUAACAUCGCGGAGGUGUUCAACCUGGGCGAGUUCUGCAGGCGUGCGCCGUGCUUCGGCCAGGAGCCGGGGAUCGCCAUGGACUUGCGGACCGGAUGGGACUUUGACGACACGAGCCAGCGCGAGCUGGCGAUGCAGGAGAUCACGGAGAGCAAGCCCAUGUUCGUGGUGGCGAGCCCCGCGUGCACGCCAUUCUCGCUGAUCCUGAAGACGGGCGAGGAGCAGCACGAGGGCCGGCUCUUCUUGUACGAGCAUCCGUGGACGGCCUGGAGCUGGCACCUCAAGAUCAUCGAGAAGGUGCGGCUGCAGUGCGUCAUGGUGAAGGGCCACCAGUGUGGCUUCGGGCAGACCUCGAAGGAGCCAGACGGGGUCGUCGGGCCGGUGGCGAAGGCGACGGGCUGGAUGACGAACAGCCAAGCCAUCGCGAAGCGCAUGGAGCCCUGUGCACCAAAGACCACCAGCACGUGCACCUG